AUGACCACGGAAUCAGGAUCGGACUCCGAGUCCAAGGAUAAGGAGCAGGAUCAGCAGGAGAGCACUGCACAGCAAGGGGCAGCAGAGACCCAGCCACAGGACCAGCAGCAGCUGAGCGAAGAGCAUCAUAACGUGCUCGAGCAGUUCUCGGCUGUGGCAGCCCACAGCACACCAGUGAAAAAGGAGCAGGACACAGACAAAGAACAGGAGUUUGCUGCUGCAAGUGCAAAACAGCUGGAAUACCAGCAGCUAGAGGACGACAAGCUUUCACAGAGAUCAUCAUCGAGCAAACUUUCCAAGUCUCCUCUAAAGAUUGUCAAGAAACCGAAAAAUAUGCAAUGCAAAGUGACACUCCUGGACGGAUCAGAAUACGCAUGUGAAGUAGAGAAACGUUCCAGAGGUCAAAUGCUAUUUGACAAAGUGUGCGAGCAUCUGAACCUUUUGGAAAAAGACUACUUUGGGCUAACAUACAGAGACACAGAAAACCAAAAGAAUUGGUUGGAUCCUGCCAAGGAAAUCAAGAAGCAGAUCCGAAGUGGUGCUUGGCAGUUUGCAUUUAAUGUGAAAUUCUACCCUCCAGACCCUGCCCAGCUAUCUGAAGAUAUUACCAGGUACUACCUCUGCUUGCAGCUGAGAGAUGACAUCGUGUCGGGUCGGCUGCCCUGCUCAUUUGUUACACUGGCUCUACUGGGCUCCUACACCGUGCAGUCAGAGCUUGGCGAUUAUGACCCCGACGAGUACGGCAGCGACUACAUCAGCGAAUUUCGCUUUGCACCGAAUCAUACUAAGGAGCUGGAGGAUAAAGUGAUUGAACUGCACAAGAGCCACAGGGGAAUGACACCUGCAGAGGCUGAGAUGCAUUUCCUGGAGAAUGCCAAAAAACUGUCAAUGUAUGGAGUAGAUCUCCAUCAUGCCAAGGAUUCUGAAGGAGUGGAAAUCAUGUUAGGAGUGUGUGCAAGUGGUCUUUUAAUAUAUCGAGACAGACUCAGAAUAAAUAGAUUUGCCUGGCCAAAGGUUCUGAAGAUCUCCUACAAGAGAAACAACUUCUACAUCAAAAUCCGACCGGGGGAGUUUGAGCAGUUUGAAAGCACUAUUGGGUUUAAGUUGCCAAAUCAUCGUGCUGCAAAGCGCUUAUGGAAAGUGUGUGUUGAGCACCAUACAUUUUUCAGGCUCCUGCUGCCAGAAGCACCUCCAAAGAAGUUCCUCACACUGGGCUCCAAGUUCCGCUACAGUGGCCGGACGCAGGCCCAGACAAGAAGAGCUAGUGCCCUCAUAGACCGUCCCGCACCUUACUUUGAGCGCUCUUCUAGUAAACGUUAUACCAUGUCUCGAAGCUUAGAUGGGGAGGUUGGUACUGGCCAGUACGCCACAACAAAGGGCAUCUCUCAGACCAACUUGAUAACCACUGUGACCCCGGAGAAAAAGGCAGAAGAAGAGAAAGAUGACGAAGAGGGCAAAAAGAAAAGAGCAGAGGAAGUCACCCCAGUCUCAGCAAUACGCCAUGACACCAAGCCAUCUUUGCUUGGCACUGACUCCCAUCACCCCUCGCCAUCCUCGCAGCCUGGCCCCCAUGUAUCUUCAGCAAAGCUUCGCAGGAGAUGCAAGGAGAGCACUCGAACAAAGUCCUUAGGUUGUGAGGCGCCCAAAGAGAGCGCCCCGAAGCACGGCGAGUCGGAGCCAGACUCUGACAGAAAGGGGCGAGUGUGCUCCGCCGAGCAAGAUGUGGCUUUCGGCUAUAAGCAAAAAGCCAGCAAAGGCGGAACGCUGUUCUCCUUCUCCUUGCAACUUCCAGAGUCAUUUCCUUCCCUCCUGGAUGACGAUGGCUACCUGUCGCUCCCUAACCUCUCCGAAACCAACCUCCUGCCUGCCAGUGUGCAGCACUACCUCCCCAUCCGCUCCCCCUCCCUGGUGCCUUGCUUCCUCUUCAUUUUUUUCUUUCUGCUCUCUGCCUCUUUCUCAGUGCCAUACGCCCUCACUCUCUCCUUUCCUCUGGCUAUGUGCCUCUGCUACCUGGAGCCCAAGGCGGCCUCCUUGAGUGCCUCACUUGCCAAUGACCUGAGUGACAGUUCAGAGGAAGAGACUGACAGUGAGCAGACGGAUACUGCAGCUGAUGGUGAGACCACUGCCACCGAGUCGGAUCAAGAGGAGGACGGAGAUCUAAAGGCACAGGACCUAGACAAAACCCAGGAAGAUCUGAUGAAACAUCAGACCAAUAUAAGCGAGCUGAAACGUACCUUCUUGGAAACCUCCACAGAAACAGCUGUGUCUAAUGAGUGGGAGAAGAGGCUUUCCACAUCUCCCGUUCGGCUUGCAGCAAGGCAGGAGGAAGCUCCUAUGAUUGAACCACUAGUGCCUGAAGAGACUAAACAGUCCACCAGUGAAAAAACCUUGGAUGGUUCAGAUAUCUUCAGUUUAAUAGAGUCUGCCAGAAAACCGACUGAGUUCAUAGGAGGGGUUACUUCUACUUCACAUAGCUGGGCUCAGAGAAUAGACACGACAACAUCUCAGGAGAUAACUUCCAGUGAAAUGAAGCAGGCAGUUCAGCCACACCAGGAUACCGUGAAGAAGGUUGUACAGGAGACUGUAGUUAUCGAGGAGAGGCGUGGGAUGGAUGUGUGUGCAAGCAGGGAUCCUGCUAAAGCAGCUGGACUUGUGCUGGAUGCCCAGGCUGAGGCAGCAUCAGUGGUGGCUGCUGGCGUGAAAGGGAAGGAGGGCUCUUCUGGGACUGAGGAGGCAAAGGAGGGAAAAAGGGAGGAGGCUGGCAAAGCCCUAACCAAACAGGAAGGAGUCGCUGCUGCUGCUACUGCUUCAUGUGAGCAAGCGGAGGAGCACAGUACAACAGUCCACAUUUCAGAGUCUUUGGAAAGAAAACCUCAUUUCGAGUCACCGGUUGUGAAGACUGAGACUAUCAGUUUCAGUAGUGUUUCUGCUGGUGGGGAAAACCUUGAAAUUUCAACAAAGGAAGUGCCAGUAGUCCAUACAGAAACAAAAACCAUUACGUAUGAGUCAUCUCAGGUGGAUUGCAGUGCUGACUCAGAACCGGGUGUACUGAUGAGUGCACAAACUAUCACGUCUGAAACCACCAGCACUACAACCACUACACAUAUCACCAAAACUGUGAAAGGCGGCAUCUCAGAGACAAGAAUUGAAAAGCGAAUAGUCAUCACAGGAGAUGCAGAUAUUGAUCAUGAUCAGGCGCUGGCUCAGGCAAUUAAAGAAGCCAAAGAGCAGCACCCUGACAUGUCAGUGACCAAAGUAGUGGUACAUAAAGAGACAGAAAUCACACCAGAAGAUGGGGAGGAUUGACCACAGGAAUAACCUGGAUUGCAUAUGAAUCCAGACAUACACACCAGUAGGAAUACGAGCGCCUGUACGGAGUCUCAGUUCCAACCUGACUGACUUGUAUCUGUCUAUGGAAAAUUUCAGUACGGAAGAAUUGAUCUUGACCGUUAAAGAAACUGGCAGAGAUACCUUCCCAUAGAAAGCAAUCUGAAUCAGCAGCAGUUAAACAAUAUUGCAUGAAGCAACAAUAAAAUUACAGAAAAGCAGCAUUUUUAAUUUUCUUAAAAUGUCUAAGUUUUCAGCUAUACCUGCACGUUCAUAAACAAUAUAAACAGUGAUCUUAUGUAACACAUAAACAGUUCUAGCCUUUCACAGUUUAUGAAAGUCUAAACAAAUUAAAAUUUGUUAGGUGGCAAGCCUUUUGUUUACAGAUAUUGUAAAUGAAGAUUACCCCCAAAAUGCUAGAAGCUGUAUAGGUACUGUGUAUAAUGUUUUACCACACAUUAGAUGUGCCAAUAACACAGUUUAUUCAGUAAACAACUUGAAUCUUAUAUUGGUUUCAUCUGGUUUUAUUACUGCCCAAUAAAUGAUGAUGGCUCUUUACUCUUAUCAAAAUAUUUAAAUGCUUACAAAGUGUGCUUUGUAUACCUGACUGAAUACCUUAUAAGGUAGUAAUGAUUUUAGUAUAUUAACUUUAACGAUUUUUGUCAGCAUUGUUCAGAGUCAGCUUCCAGUCACCCUUCACAGAUCCUAACCUUGUAAAUUAUAUGUAGUUAUUUUGGAGGAAAAAAAAAAAAAAAGAUCUGUAUUUUACUUAGUUUGCAGCAUUAGAAAAUUAUUAAUCUGAAAUAACCGUGAUGGUUUUCUAUUGAUUUCCCUUUUGUUCUCAGAGGAAAAAAA